AUGCAUACUCCGCGGUAUUUGGAAACGCCUGAGCGGUUGCAUGUCGGCAGCUUUGACCCGGCAGUGAGUCUCACCGAAGACCUACCUCAGGGUGUCGAUGCAGAUAUCCUGCUUCUUGGAUGCGGAGAUGCUCGCCACAUUCUCUACACCUUGUUUUUUGACAAAGGGCUCCCGGAACGCAAGCUCGACAUUACCGCCUGCGACGUCGAUGAGCAUGUUAUCGCCCGCAACAUCCUGCUUUUCACCCUGCUUCUAGACAACCACAAAAAUGUCUCGUCGCGCCAGAUAUGGAACAUCUACUACCACUUCUACCUCGACGACCCCGACAUCCAGCUGGUUGGCAGUCAUGCAGAGAGUCUGGUCAACAUCUCCCAGACUCUGCAAGACUGGCACACAAGUCCGUACGGAACCACUCUCCGUUUCUGCGACGAGACAACUUUUUCGCUUGUUCACAACAUCUGGGCAAAGUACUCGGAAGCAGCAAAGCGGCGAGGCCCAUACCGUGGGCGAGACCAUUGGACGCACUUCAAUGACAGCUUGUAUGACGCAAGAAUCAAGAAGCUAUGCACCAGGCCCACCUCGAAACAGGAUGUCUCGCGGUCAUGCGCUCCCUUGGCCAUGGAAUUCGCCCAGGAGCUUGUCUUUACUACCGAACAGCACUGGAAGAGGAGCAUGGCUGCUUCUGUCGCGCUCCCGGCGCCUCGCAAGAACGAAUCACCAGUAGUUCCGAACCCUAUCUUUGCUGUGCCUCUCACAGCGUCCUCAGCACUCAAUUUCCCAACCAACCCUCUGCUUAGCUUUCACCUUGCGGCGGCUCAUGCCAACCUGGCAGAGUUGUCACCACUUCGGCUGGAAGAAAAGCGUGGAACUCAUCUCGGCGCCCAGGACAGACUGCUCGAGAUGGCCUUGAUGCAGUUUGCGGAUUGGACUGAUGCCUUCGUUCAGGCCGCCCCGAGGACAACCAUCCGCUUCACCGCAGCCGAAUGCUUUGCUCUGUGCUACACGCUGCGGUACAACCUGGAGAGUGGAAAGACCUGCGCACAGCACUAUCGCGGGAAACUCGGGCUCGACGUCUUGAAGCUCGCCGAAUCCGAUUACGGCAUCGGCGGCAAAGCGCCCAAGCAAUUUGAUGUGAUAGACACCUCCACGCUCUCGGACGACGUGAGCGUCCUGAACUUGGUCGUGUCGGCUGGGCCAUUGCUGAAAGACCACCCGUCUUCGACACUCUACACAACAGACAUUCACCACUUGAACGUCGUCCAUGACGGCGACGAUGAGAAGGCGCUGUCUUGGAACGCCAAGGCUAACCUGAUUUUCUGCGGGUUGAUACCAGCAGAGUACUGGACCAACGCCACUGCAUCAGCAACGGCCGACCAGAUCUUGACGGCUUGGUCUGAUGAGAACGCAACGGCAGAAUCUAGGGAUACACUCUUUGGAUUUCGCCUCUCGUGGAAGCAGAUCAAGCACCUGGUUGGACAGAACCACCCCGCCCCGCUCCACGUUGAUAUAGACGCGUUGGUGGCGUUGGCUCUCUGGGUCUACGAAUUCAUGAUCUCGUCACCGCCUGGAACCCAAUUCCCUUCCCGUGAUCAACUGAAGAAGAUGUUCCCCAGGCCUUCUCGACUUCGACAUCACCAUCCAGGAAAUAUGGCCGCUUUCCUCUGGUCCAUCGCCGACCAUGCUCAGGUCGAUUCGCGCCAGCUCUUCGAGAGGUUUUUGAAAUCAGCUGCCGAGUACAGGGACACAACAAAGGCUCUUCGCAGAUUCCUAGCAGCCUUCACCGUUGAGACACCCACGCCUGGUCUUCGUUUGGCCGAGUCCUGGGGUUGGCGGAACUUUGAGCAGGAACUGAGACCUCCGUUCAAAAAGUGGAGUUCCGUCCCUCCUUCCGUUGCUAUCACUGUUAUCGUUCCCACGGAGAUCUGGAAGAACAGUGGCCUUUUCACGAGAGCUGAGGAUGAAUGGGGGGUAUCCGCUGUUGAGGUCAUUGGCCAUCUGAGCAUUCCCGACAGAUGGGAUGAUUCGGGGAAUGAGCUGGUCAGCGCUUUCCCAGACGUGCAGUUCUCCUUCGGCACGAUCAAAACCGAGGGCUCCCGCGAUGACGACGACUUCAUGAUCCAUGUACAGGAGGACAAAGCUGGCUGGAAGGGAUCCUCGCCCAUGAUUAUUACGUACUUUGCCCCUACGGAAUAUGUCGAGACCAUGUUCACCGAGGCCGUUGUUAGUUUCUACCUCCUGGUACGGCCGCUCGAUUCCGACACAUACCAGAAAAAGAUCAAUGUUGGUGAGGUCUUUGAGAGUCCCAUUUCGGACGAGGAGCACGUCUUUAUCACGAAGUAUCGACCUGGCGCGACGGGCUACCCCGUCACCGAAGCCGCGCUCCUGGACUUAAAGCAGUCAAGGCGCCCGAGAGACACCGCGUCCCCGAAUCAAACCUUUACCGUCGCACUCGACAAGACUACGGCUAGGAUCACCACCAUCACCGGCCGCGUCAAUAUUAGUUCUCCAGAGGGCCUGAAGCUGCUCGUCGACAGAGCAACCAUCAAGGUGGAACAGCCAUCCCCAUUCACGCUCGACAUCGUCUUCGGUAAGGACAGGGCCCUCGUUCUUCCCCUGACCUUUCCCGCCCCGGUUCUUAAGGAGGGCAGCAAAACUCGCAUCGCCCGCACGUCGCACUACAUUGAAAUCAGGGCCCCCUUCGCACAGCCACUCACCUUCCCCCGCCUUCUCGACGACUUCCUCUUCCCCACGACGCUCACGCCGUCCUCGGGCAUUCCGGCAACGUUCAACAUCCCCCACCUCAACCUCGACACCCUCCCUAUCCUCUCCGUCACCCAUAAGUCCCGCACCCGCUUCCUUACCACCCUCACCUCGCUCAUGUUCUCCACCAGAGAACGCCGCCUGCGCGAGGAGACGGCCGCUAACAACACCUCCGGCCUGUCGCCCUCGCCACGCCUCAACUUCAAGGAGUCACUCUUCACCAUCUUCAUGCUCGCUUCGGGCUUGCAGGGAGGCCAGACGGGCCUCUUCGCCCUGGCAAACCCCCAGCGCGGCGGGAUCCAUAUGCUAUUGUUCGUGAGCGCCAUCCGCCUGGACGGGCCGCACGGGAGCGUGGUGCUGGACGCGGCGGUGCUGCCUUUUACGAAGGCGCUGGUGGAGUCCAAGGAGUUGGAGGGGUUCCUGCUUUUCCUGAGGACGCUUGAGUGCUGUACGCUUACUGUGGACGAUGCCGAGUUGGUGUUGUGGAAGAGGGCGCUGCCUGCGCUUGCGGAGAGGUGUAGGACGUGGAUGCAUGGGGAGGGGUGCGAGUAUGUCGAGGCGGGGAGGGUGCCGGUUAGCGUGGCUGAGGGAGAGCAGGUGCUGUGUGGGUGUGGGAUGGGCAAGCUGCCGGGGGAGUUCAUCUCGCUGCCGGAGUGGGAGACAACGGCUCAGUAUGCUACGCGCGUGGCCAUCAGUCCCGUGUAUGCGUCGCCGCUGGUGGAGGAGCUGAUUUCCCCCGACUUGGCGAAGGCGGUGGCGGAGGAGAUGACGGGGAAGGUUGUGCCGAAGUGCAGGAAUUGUGGGAAUUCCGAAUCGGAAGAAGUCAAGCUGAAGAAAUGCUUGAGAUGUUUGGAGGCAAUGUACUGUUCGACGGAGUGCCAGAAGAAGGACUGGAAGAAGCAUCGGAUGGAGUGUGAGGAGUCGGAGGUGUAUCACAGCAAGUGA